GGGACCCAUGUCCUGGUCGAACGGGAGAGAUCCUGCACACCAUAGCCAGCAAGGGGGCAAAGAUAGACUGCCCCCUUACCAACAGAAUGAUCCAGCUGUACCGCCUUGAAAACAACAUCACGGUGGGCGUUGAUCAAACCCCCAAGACGGACACCGCACGGGCUGCAAAGCCAGACACAUUGGGGGAGUUCAUGCAGCCUCCAACAGCACCGGGGAGAGAGGAAGUCAGUGGGGGCGGGGACUGGACCGGUGGGGUUACGGACAACCAAGGCACGAUGCGUGAGGGUGGUGAAACGCCCGCAGUCCCGUCCGGUGAUGGCUCAGUGACAGGUCGAGGGACCGGCGUGUUCAAACAGGCAUCUAUUCGGCGGUGGACAGAGAACUCCUCACAGCAGCGCUUGGACAUUGCAUGGGGGAUGCACUUGUACGAGCACGGUGCUCCCUUCAACUAUGUGAUAGGGGAGAAAACUUAUGAACUUCAUGAGCUUUACUUGGAGUUGGGGGAGAAGAGGCAGCGUGUGAAGAUGCCGAACCGUAUGCAGAUGGCCACGGUCGUGCUUGACAUUGCAUACGAACGGACGCAGGAGGCAAUGAAGCCCCUGAUGGAGUGUUGGGACAUCAACGGCUGCACUUUGAUCAUAGACGGGAGCACAGAUCGGAAGUUCCGGCCCGUCAUGAACUUCAUUGCAGCUGGGGAGAGUGGGGCAGUGAUGUUGAAGGUGGUUGACAUGUCGAAGAGGAAGAAGAAUGCGGUUUCGUUGGCGAAGUUGUGGGAAGGGGUGAUUAGAGAGAUUGGGGUGCAGAGAGUCAACGCUUUGUGUACGGACAACGCAGAGGUGAACAAGCAUGCGGCUAUAACUUUGAGGAGGAGAACAGACAAUAAUAUUUCACGGAUUCCCUGGGUGUCGUGUGCUGCUCAUUGUUUGAACCUGCUCCUGAAGGGGAUAUGUGAAGAGCCGUGGGUGCAAGAACUGCACAAGAGAGGCAAGACAAUCGUCAAGUGUAUCGAAAACCACCACAAGACAGCGCAAUUGUUCGACUGUUCAGAGAUGGAGCGCAGCAGGACGCUUACCAUGCCGAUGGAAGUUCACUUUGCUUCCGUCUACAUGAUGUUGGAGAGGCUGCUCGACCGCAGAAAGGUGUUGAAGGCGAUGAUGAAGGAAGGGUGGCUUAACAUCAAAUGGGCUGCAAGGAAGAAGCGUGAGAGAGCUGAAACAGUGUAUCGGACAGUCCGGUCUGACGAGUGGUGGGAGGAGGUAGAGGCAGCCGUGGAUGUGAUGACACCUGUGUACGAUCUGCUGCGUCAGAUGGACAAGAGCGGCACCGCUCCUUAUCAGUUGUGGGGUUUCGAAGAGGCGUUGGUUAAGAAGAUGAGAACCAUUGCAAGCAUCUCGGCAGAGCGGCAAAAAGCGAUCGCAAAGAAGGUGAGGCGGCGCUGCAAGAUGAUGCGCCAGCCUGUGCACGCACUGAACUUCCUCCUCAAUCCGGCCAAAAGGGACCCUCGCUGGAUGCAUGACCCCAAGAGCCCCCUGGUGCAAAAUGCAAUGAAGUUCUUGCUGUCUCAGUGCAGCGAGGGGGCGACAUGGGGGUGCAAGGAGCAUCUGCACUUGUGGAAGUCAUUGAAGACUUUCCACAAAGAGCCAGAGGGCAAUUCCAGUCGGCCUCUCAAGGACUAUGAUAGUUUAUGGACCGACUUCGCGAAGUUUGACAGCGAUCUGGAGAAUCAUACAGCAUUAGAUUGGUGGAGCUGCCAUGGAAAGAGCCACGACAAGUUGCAGCACAUCGCCGUGCGUGUGACGGUGAUGUGGAGCACUGCCACGCCUUGCGAACGCAACUGGUCUACAUUGGACCUGGUGCACGAGAAGAGAAGGAACCAGCUGUCCAAUGCACCGCCGCCUCUCGUAGAUCCAGACAUUGUCGCCGACGAUGGGGAGAUGUCCGCUGAGGAGGUGGCACGGCGACUUCGUUUGAGGAAGACGUCGUCUGCACGGGUUCCUAAGGUGGGGAAGGUGGAUGAGUCCAGCGACACCGACAACAGCGACGACGGGGAGGAUCUGGUUUGGAGGGGGAAAGGAAAGAAAAGGAAGGAUGUGGAAUGUUUGGAUGGUGCAUGCCAUCAAGAAGGGAAAGCGGAGGUGGAAGAAGUCGAUGACGACGGCGAUUCUCACGAGGAGGAUGAAGUAGAAGAAAUUGGCACGGCGGCGUUUGCGCUGCUCGCACCCUCGGACUCGGAUGAGGACUCUGAUGAUGACCCCAGUGAAGAUGACAUGACAUUGAGGCAGGAUGCAGUCGAUGCUGUUCCAACAUUGACUGCAAGCGGGCCAUCGACAGCGGUUGGGGAAGCAACGGGAGCGCUCCAUGCAGCACCAAGUAUGGAAGAAAUAACAACAGCGGUGGGAGCAACAGCAAGUGCAGAGAAGACGGGAGAUGACUCCGGCCCCACGCAUCAGCAAGCGAAGAAUCUGCUCGCCGAUCCUCUUGGCGAAGAAGAACUUGGAGAAGGAGAAGCCCCUGCUAAAAGAUCGGAAGUGGCACAAGUUUACAAAAGAAGACAACAAUCUGCCGCUUCUGUCCCACCUCCCGUUCUUCCCUCCGAACUGGAGUUUCCGCCUUUGGUUGCGAGUGUGCAGCACGAUAACUUGGAAAUGAGCACUAUGGGAAGGAAGAGGAAGGUGGUGGAACCAAACCGAAGCAGCAUCAAAACCAAAGAGGGGUCGGGGUAGGCCUCGUAAGGAACGACCUGCGAUGGCCAGCCCAUCGGCUGAUCCGCCUACCUGGCGGGAACAAACAAAAAGGCGGGUGAAGA